ACCAGAAAUUAGUAGUUUAUUUUGCUUCUAUAAUUUGUUUCUUCUCUCAAAAUGUGCUCUUGAUAAAGUUAUUGUGAUUUAAAAGUGAAAGUAGGUUUUUUAGGGGUUACUCAUGCGUAUGCAAGUCUCAAAGGAUUUAUUUAUUUAUACUAAGGAUGGGAGGAAUAUAUUUGAUAAUUUACAAUUGUCUUCCCCUCGUAUUAUGUGAUCUAUCUCUUCUCUUGCUACACACUAAUGACAUGCAUUCUAGAUAUGAACAGGUGGAUCGAAACAUGGGCAAAUGUAAGGCAAACGAGAAAGACUUUUGCUACGGAGGUUUUGCGAGGAUUCAUGAGAUGGUAAAACACUUCAAGAUAGAAGCUCAAGCUGUGGGAAGGUCAACUCUCUUUGUCAAUGCUGGAGACACUUUCACAGGAACCCCCUACUACACUCAGUUUAAAGGGGAGCUUGCAGCAAAAAUGAUGAAUACUCUAGACAUUGAUGUGAUGACUUUAGGCAACCACGAGUUUGAUGAUGGAAUCCAGCCUCUGGCUUCUUACAUUGAUAAAGUAAAUAUUCCUGUAGUCUGUAGCAACCUGGAUCUGUCUCAAGAGCCGAGGCUUCAAACACCUAAAAUAACUUCGUCAAUAACACUCUCAGUGAAUGGUACCAAAGUAGGAAUUGUAGGUUGUCUUACCACCACAACAGUCAACAAUCAUAACCUCGGCGGUGUGAAGAUUUUGGAUGAAAUGUCAAGCAUUAGAAAAGAAGUAAGUAAGUUGAAGGAUGAAGGAGUAAAUGUUAUCAUAGCAUUAAGCCAUUCAGGAUAUGAUGUAGAUUUGAAAAUCGCAAAAUUAGUCGAAGAUAUUGAUGUAAUUGUCGGUGGACACACCCAUACUUUUUUGUACUCGGGGAAAAAAAUUCCGGAGCUAGAAGAACCUAGUGGACCUUAUCCAACAGUGGUGACGCAAGAAUCGGGUAAACAAGUUCUUGUGGUUCAAGCUUACUUUGGAACUAAGUACUUAGGGUAUCUGGAGUUAAAUUUUAAUAGCGAAGGUGAGCUCAAGUCUUUCAACGGCUCUCCAAUUCUCCUUAUAGGACUUUUUCCACAAGAUCCUGAUAUACUGCGAGUGUUAGAACCUUACAAGGAGAGGUUGGAAGGAAAGACAAAUAAAAUCAUCGGCUACACUCAUGUCUUCCUCGAUAGUAAUAACUACAAGUGUAAAGUAUCAGAGUGUGAGCUUGGUAACUUGAUCACGGACGCUUUUGCUGACUACAUGGAGAUGCGUUGUCCUUCCCUGCCAGUAUCAGUGGGAUUGAUGAAUGCUGGAGGAAUCAGAAGUUCCUUUGAUCCAAUAUCUGGAGGACACAACGGAUCAAUCACUUUAGGAGAUGUUAUGACAGUGUUACCCUGGGGAAAACCGAUAGUUGCAGUUAACUUGACGGGACGAGUACUCUUACAAGUGCUGGAACAUGCUGUAUCUAGGUUUGACGAAAUCAAAACAUCAAAUGUUCAUAACUUUUUACAAGUUUCUGGACUUCGGGUCACAUACGAUCUGUCUAGAGAAGUCGGCCAUCAGGUAACUAAUGUUAAAGUACUUUGUAGAAACUGCACAAUUCCAUGGUUUAAGCCACUACAGCUAGAGACAACUUAUGGAGUAGUUGUACCAGAACAUUUGGUAAAGGGAGGGGAGAACUUCACCAUGUUGGCUAACAUCACUAAAGAAUGUGUGUCAGAAGAAGUUGAUUAUACGAUUGUGGCUAAAUACAUAGAACAUUUUAGCCCUGUCAAUCCGCGAAUAGAAAAACGUAUUGAAAUGGAACAAGGAGAAAUGGAUGAAUCGAUUUUAAUAAUUUUAUGUUACAUCAUGAUAGUUCUUCUGGUGAUUUUCAUUUUCAAAGAGACAUUAUUCACACCAGUAUAUAGAUUUUUUCGAAGAAGGUCGAAUGAAAAACCAACAAUGACUCCUAAUGAGACUGAAGAAUAUUCAAGACUUAUUACCUAGUAAAAAACCUUUACCAUAGUAUAUGUAACCAGAAAAUAAAAUCCUGAAAAUACCGUAGAUUCUUUAAACUUAUACAUUUUCAAAUUUUGUAUCAAUGUAACAAUUAUUACUAUUAGAUUUAUUAACCCUUAAGUACUGCGUGGGGUGUUCAGAGAAUCCCAUUAAGGUAAAUUUUGUGUUGCUAGCUAGCCUACAUCUUCUACAAUUUUGCGCUGCUCAGUACUUUCAGAUGGGAAUGUCUCAGAUCAUUCAAGGCCAGUCACUGGCAGUUUCUUCAAUGCAUAGAGUGUGUGUGUGUGUGCAUUGGGGUGCCGACAGACCCCCGUGCGAUUACUAGUGUUUUAUCAACUGAUUUUUUUAAACAUGUGUUUGGUUUUAGUGUAAAAUUAAAAACAAUAAUUUUA